UUCUUCAUUGUGACAGCCCUUCAGGUAAGCGUGCGCCCCCACCAUGUUCUGGAAAUUUGAUCUGAACACAACGUCGCAUAUUGACAAAUUGCUGGACAAAGAAGAUGUGACUCUCUGUGAGCUGAUGGAGGAAGAUGACAUCCUUCAGGAGUGCAAAGCACAGAACCGCAAGCUGGUGGACUUCCUGUGCCAGCAGCACUGCAUGGAGGAGCUGGUCAGCCUCGUCACCCAUGAGCCCCCACUGGACAUGGACGAAAAGGUCCGCUUCAAGUACCCCAACAUGGCCUGUGAACUGCUGACCUCUGACGUGCCGCAGAUCAAUGACCGGCUCGGAGGGGACGAGGCCUUGCUGAACAUGCUCUAUGACUUCCUGGACCACGAGCCUCCCCUGAACCCUUUGCUGGCCAGUUUCUUCAGCAAGACCAUCGGCAACCUCAUAGCAAGGAAGACGGAGCAGGUGAUUUCAUUUUUGAGGAAAAAAGCCAAAUUUAUCGACCUUGUUCUCAAGCAUAUUGAUACAUCUGCCAUGAUGGAUCUUCUCCUGCGACUUGUGAGCUGUGUGGAGCCAGCCCAGCUGCGACAGGAAGUGCUAAAUUGGCUGAAUGAAGCAAGGAUCAUCCAGAGACUUGUGGAGCUGAUCUCUCCCAACCAGGACGAGGAUAGGCAGUCAAAUGCUUCUCAGACCCUGUGCGAUAUCAUCAGGCUGAGCAGAGACCAGAGCAACCAGCUCCAGGAAGCAGCUGAGCCCGAUCCGCUCCUCGCAGUUCUGGAGUCGCAGGAAUGUGUGGCGCAACUGCUGAAGAAUAUGUUUGAUGGAGAAAGGACAGAGAGCUGCCUCGUGAGCGGGACGCAGGCCCUGCUGACGUUGCUUGAGCCACGGCGAGCUGGCAUCGAGGGGCUGGUGGACUCCUCCUCUCAGGGAUUUGAAAGGUCUUACACUGUCAACAGCAGCAUCCUGCGUGGCAUUGAGCCGCGGCUGAACGACUUUCACCAGCUACUGCUUCACCCUCCCAAGACGGCCUCCAUCCUGACUACCAUCGGGGUCUUGGAAGAGCCACUAGGGAACGCCCGUCUUCAUGGAGCCCGCCUGAUAGCUGCCCUUCUCCACACCAACACACCCAGUAUUAACCAGGAGCUCUGCCGGCUGAACACGAUCGACUUGCUGCUGGACCUGUUUUUUCAAUAUACUUGGAAUAAUUUCUUGCAUUUCCAAGUGGAAUUAUGCAUUGCAGCCAUCCUGGCACCUUCUGUAAAUGAACCGAAAUUUGCUCCAAGUGACAUGGAAAAUAAGGAGGGAGCAGCCAGAGACUUGUCAUCCGAAAACUCUGACGCACAAGAGAAAGACCGCUCCGAGAACCCCAUGGUGACCCACCUGUUCCAGAAGUGCUGCCUGGUGCAAAGGAUCCUGGAUGCCUGGGAAGCCAAUGACAAAAUACAGGCAGGAGGAGGAAUGAGGCGAGGCAACAUGGGCCACCUCACGCGGAUCGCCAACACGGUCGCACAAAACAUGGAGAAGGGCCCUGUGCAGACCCAGAUCGGCUCGUUUAUUAAAGGGCUUCCUGAGGAUUGCCGAGGGCGGUGGGAGAGCUUUGUGGAGGAGACCCUGACAGAGGCCAACCGACGAAAUACUGUGGACUUGGUGAGUACCCACCACCUGCACUCCUCCAGUGAGGACGAAGACGCCGAGGCCGCCUUUCCCACGGAGCUCUCUCUCCAGCAGGCCUUCUCGGAGUACCAGAUCCAGCAGAUGACUGCCAACUUUGUGGAUCAGUUUGGCUUCAGUGACGAAGAGUUUGCUGGCCAGGAUGACAGUAUCAACGCACCUUUUGACCGAAUUGCAGACAUCAGCUUCAACAUAGAUGCCGACGAUGACAGUCCCAACACAUCCCUGUUUGAGGCAUGCUGCAGUGAGCGGAUUCAGCAGUUUGGUGAUAACGAGGAAGAGGAAGAUAUCUGGGAAGAAAAAGAGAUCAGCUGUGCAGCCCAAGUCAAGGCCAGAACACGCUUCGGGGUGUCUCAUACCUCUGAGGGUUCACCCAAAAGUGACCUGGAAAACGGAGACCCUGGGAGCAGUGUGGACUUGGGGGAAGAGGAAGCCCAGGAGGAGCUGGCGGAGCACUCUGACGACAGUGGCGGCCUUUCAGCGAGCCCGGGCGUGGAGUCCGCUCAAGGAGGCUCCGGAUGGACGGCAGCAUUUGAGCCCGUGAAUGCCAAGCCCCCGGCCUCAUGCGUGGCCAUGGAUGUCGGAUCCAGUGUGUGGGACUCUGCAGUGCCAGACACAAAAACCCCCGAAGAGAGGGGCUGGGCCAAGUUCACUGACUUCCAGUCUUUCUGCUGCUCUGACGUGGGCCCGAGGUGCAGUUCUCCCGUGGACACGGAGGGCAGCAACGAUUCAGACGGAAAGGCCAAGCAGAGCCAAGGCAAAAGCUUUGGUGCUGCCUCCCCAUGUGUGUGGAACGUCUGUGUAGCCCGGAAGGCACCUUUGGUAGCCUCAGACAGCAGUUCCUCUGGAGGGUCAGACAGCGAGGAAGAGGAGGAGAAGGCUGACGUUGUCACAGAAACCUUCAGCACAGGCGCAGGCCAGGAGACAGUCCAGCUGACCGUGGAUGCCAAGAAUGAGAAGGCUCUGUUUACCAGAAUAAUUAGACCUGCAGCUGGAGGCGGUGGCAACUCGGUGGCUGUGGACAAGCUGGCCCCCAUCCCAGAGAGUGCGCCUGCCCAGUGCCAGGACCGUCUCCUGCGUCCUGCUGCCGCGGUGGCCCCCGAAGCCAAGAAAGACGGGAGAGAGGAGCCCCUGCCCGGCGUUGAAGCCACCCUGAACGGCCCAGCUUGACGGUGGAGGAGGGCCCUGGCUGAUCCGGCUGGACUGGCUGGGCCGGGUGAUACGGCCCUGCCCUCUGGGCCAUUUAACUUUCCUCUGAUAAAUGCCGCGUGAUGAGAGAGAGGGCAUUGGAGAGCCGUGAUGCCACUUGGAUGUUGCUGCUGUGUUCUGACAUGUGGCACGGGCCAGUUGCCCCCCUGGGGUUGUCGCCCUCGCCCUGCUUCCCUGCCCCGGUGGAAGCCUCUUGCCAGCCCUGCCACCUGGGCUCUGCCCCUCCUGGCCUUCCUGGGGGUGGGGCCAGGCCCUGUGCCCCCGUCUGCUUGCUUCUGCUCAGGGAGGCAGGAGGCGCCCCAUGGGCAGUACCCCGCGGGUGAGCCCCGGACGGAGCUGGCGUGGACAGCUGCCGGUAUAGCAAUAACGCCUCCUCAGAAACGCUUGCUGAUGAAUGAGACCAGGGGGUGGGGUGGGGUGGGGUGGGGCGGGGCGGCCCCUGGAGCCCCAGCCCGAAGGCAGGGGACGCUGGCGGCUUCACUCUUUCGGGGAAAGAGGCCCCGGCGGUGUCUCCGCACCGGCUCUCCCUCUCCCCCUCCCCCUCCCCCUCCCUUCCAAAGUGACCACUGCCAGUCCAUAUUUGGAGCAGUAAAGAAGAGAGGAACGUGGACUCCACAGAGCACUCCAGAUCAGUGGCUGGCCAUCCCGUGGAAUCUGACGCCUUCCUGGGCGCCCAGGCACUUUUCGGGCGGAGAAGGGUUUUGCUGGACCCCGAUGGCAGCGGUUAGUGCUUUGGAGCUGAUGCCAGCCCUGGCGGAGGAGGCACUGGGCAGGACCUGUGCUGCAGAGUGGGGAGCCGCCCGUGGACGCGGUGCCCACCACGGACAGACCUCCUGCCAAGCAGGACGGUGGAAGCCAGCCGUGUCUGGCCUGGCCUGGCCUGGCCUGGCCAGGCUCCCGCCGGAGGAGCACGUGGGCCCAGAGGCUUGGGGAAAUCGGCUCCGGGACACGGGCUGGCUUCCCCCAGCCGCGCGGCGCUUCGUCACACGGAGACUGCAGACGAAGCUGGCCGCUGCUGCAGCGCCUGGUCAGUUUGGGCAGAGAAGGAACUGUAGCGGACGUUGCCUGGAGCACAAGAGACUUUCGCCGCCUCAGUUUGCUUCUAGAAAUCCUUCCGAUUCUGAUGUCCCUUGUUUUUCUGCACAUUAAAUGUUUCCUGCAAAGCUGGAAAGGGGAGAAGCCAAAGCA